AGAAGAUAGAGAGAGAGUCACUACGAUUUCCAUUUUCAAUACAAAGAACAGAAUCCUCCCCUUCCCCUCACUCCUCCUCUUCUUCUUCUUCUUCUUCCCAAACAUACAGAAGAACAACCCCACGACAGAACAUACAGACAGAGACCAAGAGACACGCUCAUACAGAGGAAGACAGCCUGAGCCAUCCCUCACUCUCUUUUCUGGAACGCUCUGGUCUAAGAAGAAGAAGAAGAAAAAGAAAGCAACCGGAAGAAGGUUGUAAGUAAGAGAAUAGCUCAUAUCCCAUAAUAUAUAUAGGGAGUAGAGAAAGAUCAUGGGAAGAUCACCUUGCUGUGAGAAGGCUCACACCAACAAAGGGGCUUGGACCAAAGAAGAGGACCAGCGCCUCAUCGACUACAUCCGCCGCCACGGCGAGGGCUGCUGGCGCUCUCUCCCCAAAGCCGCCGGGCUGCUUCGAUGCGGGAAGAGUUGCAGGCUGAGGUGGAUAAACUACCUGCGGCCCGACCUCAAGCGCGGCAAUUUCACCGAAGAAGAAGACGAGCUCAUCAUCAAGCUCCACAGCUUGCUCGGCAACAAAUGGUCACUGAUCGCGGGAAGGCUACCCGGCCGGACCGACAACGAGAUCAAGAACUACUGGAACACCCACAUCAAACGCAAGCUCAUCAGCCGCGGGAUCGACCCCCAAACCCAUCGACCCCUCGAAUCCACCCCUGCAGCCACCGCUCCAACCGCCGCUCCUACACCUGCCCCCGCCACUACUAACAUCGACUUCCGGAGCUCCCCGGCUCCCCUGCCCGUGGCGGAGAUCGCCCUGAUGUCGUCCACCCUCGACUACGGCUUCAAGGGCCUCAACGGCAUCGUCAAGACCAAAUGCGACUCAGUCGAGGACAACAACUGCACGACCAGCGGCAUGACCACGGACGAGGAGAGCCAGGAGGAGCUCAACCUCGAUCUCUCGAUCGGUCUAGUCCGCAACAACAACAACGACAACCACCACUCCAAGAAAUCCACUCAAGCGUUAAUCUUCAACGGGGCGGAGUCGAAGCUACAGCAGGCUCCUGGGGUGUGCCUGUGCUGCCAACUGGGGUUCCAGAGCAGUGAUGGGUUCUGCAGGAACUGCCAAAACAGAGACGGGUUCUUCAGAUUUUACAGACAGAUAGAUUCAUCAUAGGUCAAUUCCCCUGUUCUUCUUGCCUGUUAGAUCUUUUUUUUUUUUUUUUUUGGGAUUGAUCAGGUAAUAUUUUUGAUGGGAUACAUAGGAAUUGAAUGCUCACUUAAUGGCCUUCUGUCACCAACCAUCUGCCCUGCCCCUCCCCCCAAUAUUGUAAAAUCCAAACCCAAACGUAUUUGGCUGGAUAUGUCCUUGUUAUCAUAUGUCAUGUCAUGACAUAUAUCCUCCAUAGUCUGAUCGAGGAGGAGGAGGAGGAGGAGAAAAUAUCAAUAGAUAUCCACUCCCCCAUGCCAUUGGGAUUAAAUGCCCUGUGUUGUUAAUGUUGAACUUUUGCUGCUUCUCUUCUC